AUGGCGAACUUCACACAUCGCUGCUUUUAAUUCUAAGCACAUUCGCUAAGGAAUUUACCACCCAUCAUCUUUUAUCCUUCACCGGGGUCGACGCGCUUCCUGAUUUAUUUUAACUUCCUGAACUGAACAGUUUUCUUUCAGCUUUGUACAUAUUUUAAAAACAGACAAUUGUGCAUUUAUUUCCCUGAUAAUAUGGAUUAAUUUGUCGAUGCCUGCUCAAAUUGACUGGAUAUAUCUGUUCCACCUGACCAUGCAGAAAAUCCCGGCGAUAACACACUCAAAGGAUUAGUGUAGUUUUAUAGAUCAUUGCAUUUAUAUAUAAUAUAUAAUAUUUUUAUACCCGGAAUCGCGUCAUUAAUUUCUGAAGAUUUUUCUAAGAAAGGAAAGAAACUAAAGAAGGAGGAAACCCCCAAACAGAGUCAUGUCCUUCAGGAGGGGUGUUGUCAGGCAGAGUAAGUUCAGGCAUGUGUUCGCACAGGCCUGGAAGGCUGAGCAUUGCCUUGAUGAUGUCAGAGUGUCACGCGUGACGUGGGACGGUCCGCUCUGUGCCGCCAAUCCCAAGUUCAUUGCUGUUGUCAUCGAGGCUGGAGGAGGUGGAGCCUUUCUUGUGUUCCCGCUCGCCAAGAGCGGGAGAGUGGACCAGAACACCCCGACUGUGUGCGGGCACGCCGCUCCAGUGCUGGAUGUGCAGUGGUGCCCACAUGAUGACAACGUUAUUGCCAGUGCCUCAGAGGACUGCACUGUCAAGGUUUGGCAGAUUCCUGACGGAGGUCUUACGUCUCCCAUGUCUGAAGCUGCUGUGACUCUCGAGGGCCACAGUAAAAGAGUGGGCAUCCUAGCCUGGCACCCUUCGGCCCUCAACAUCCUGUUGACUGCAGGAUGUGAUAAUGUCCUCUGUGUGUGGGAUGUGGGCACCGGGGAGAUGGUGUACCAGCUGAGUGACGCCCAUCCUGACCUGAUAUACAGCGUGAGCUGGAACCGAGAGGGGAGCAUCCUGUGCACCACCUGUAAAGACAAAGCCUUACGAGUCAUUGAUCCCCGGCGGGGAACUGUCCUUAAGGUGCGGGAGAAAGCUCAUGAGGGCACCAGGCCAAUGAGGGCCGUCUUUCUGGCCGAUGGGAAAAUCCUGACAACCGGAUUCAGUCGCAUGAGUGAGAGACAGCUUGCCCUCUGGGACACAAGAGAUCUGUCUGAGCCAAUGGUUACACAGGAAAUGGACACCAGUAAUGGAGUUCUGCUUCCAUUCUAUGACCCAGACACCAACAUGGUUUACUUGUGCGGGAAGGGGGAUUGUACCAUCCGCUACUUUGAGGUGACGGAUGAGUCACCGUUUGUUCAUUUCCUGAGUCUGUAUAGCAGUAAGGAGCCGCAGAGAGGUGCUGGUUUUCUAAGCAAACGAGGAGUAGAUGUCAACAAGUGUGAAAUAGCAAGGUUCUAUAAGCUUCAUGAGAGAAAGGUUGAGCCCAUAUCUAUGACUGUGCCACGGAAGUCCGACCUGUUUCAAGGGGAUCUGUACCCGGAUACGGCGGGAUUAGAACCCGCUCUAUUGGCGGAAGAUUGGAUAGCAGGACAAGAUGCCGCUCCAGUCCUUGUUUCCCUCAGCGGAGGCUACAUGGCCCCUCCAACCAAAGCCGGCACGCUGCGGGGUCGACCCAAACUGCUCUCUCAGACCAACACUAGUCCCACCAGCACUACUGCGCCAGCAAACCCUAUGGCGGUUGAGAUGGAGAGCGAGGCUCCGGGCCACGGGCGAGGAGGAAGGGAUGUAGAUGGUGGGAUAGAGAGAGUAAAGAAAGAGGAGGACCAGCUUUCUGAUAUCCUGACGGAGGUGCGGGCUUUACGCGCUCUGGUUCUGGCUCAGGGUCACAGGAUUGACGUUCUGGAAAGGCAACUCGCCCGCAUUGAGGAUGGAGAAGUGUGAAGGAAACUACAAACAUAUCACACAACACAUAGCCUUACCCACAUUCAAAAAGCUUCACUGAAGAGUUAUGGGAAAUGUAGUUCCGUUACUGUGACAUAGUAAUACAAAGAAAUGAUUGAGCUUUGAGCUUUAUUGGUACAUUUUUGGCUAUUGAUGCACUGAUUUAUAAUAUCCUAAAUGCUGCUCAUUUUGUGCUUUUACUAGGGCUGUUAAUGCUAAGUACAGACUCUGAAGUCAGAAUUUGGUUGGGUCAAUAUUUGCAUGAACAUGCAAACUUGAAAUGAAAAGCAGACUUGGGGAUUAGCGUGUAGUGUGCAUUAAGAAAGCAUUUAUGAAUGCUUCUGCUUAAUGAAAGUAGUUUGAAGCAUGAAACCUUCAGGAAAUGUAUUAAUCCAACAUGCUGAAUUAAUUCCUUUCUUCCGCUAAAGUUUGAUGGUGCUUAUAAACAUGCAUAGACCAGAAGCACUGUUCUUGGGUUUCUUUCUUCCAAUUUAUGUCUUAACACUUGUAGCAUUUAUUUUGGAUGUGGUUAGAGUUUCAUGUGUGGAAAUGUGUGUAGCAUGUGAUAGAAACUGUACUUGUUGUUGAAGGAACUUGUGAGCUAUCGAUAUAAUGAAGAAGAGUGUCAGAAAAUACUGAUGAAGAUCUUGUAGGAUGAAAAGUUCAUAUUUCAGGUCAGGUCAUAUUUCACUCCAAAAUAUUUUGUUGACAUUUUCAACUUUUUUUUUAAAGCACACAUUCUGCAUUUUGUAAUUGUUUACCUAUUGUUUUUUUUUCUUCUUCUUUCAAUUCCUAUUUUUGGGAAUUAACUGAUUUUACAGUAAUCAUUUUCCAUAAUACACUCAAAACAUAUUGUAAAAAAAAAAAUUAUUUUACAUAUAAAUCAGACUAAAUUUACGGCAGUACGUCAAGUACAACCAUGAGAAUAUUUGAUUUCAUUAUGGUAAUGCAAAACGUGCUUAACUGUCAUAUUUCUUUUGAUUUGGAGAGACCUGGCAGGUUUGUUGAUUAUUGAGCCUCUUGAUGAAUAACUGUGUUUCAUUCCUGUUUGAUUGAAUAUGAAAAACACUAGUAGAAUGUGACAUUGAUUUAGAGAUUUAGAUGGUGGUGAUUUUGUAUUUGUUUUAUUUUUAGUUUGUAAUCAUGGGCACUACAAUCAGGGAUGAUGGAAACGACUCAUCCUCCUCUGUGAAUGACUUUAUGUAGCUUUAUCUGUUGUAUAUGUUGUAAAUGAUCUAAGUAUCCAUUUACUUAAAACUUAAGUGCUAACUUAAUCUGUUCUUUUUAAUAAAUGACAUUCCCCCUUA